GUGGAUGGAUGGGCAUCUUGGAAAGGUGAUAUUGAUUCAGUGAUGCUGAGCUGCGUCUUCGAUGAAUCCCAACGAGUAUUUGACAUCUGUCUAGUCUCGUGGUCUCAGAAAUCAUCACACGUUAUCACGAACCUAUCACUCACCAUCACUCACCCACAAGGAAAGCGACCGCGGUCGUCACGCAGGCAGCCACAGGAGUGGAGCGACCAAGGCAUCUGUCGGCCUGUAGGAUCAGGGGCAAAUUACGGGUGUUAUCGCUAUCUCUUUUCAUUUAUAUACAUGGGCCAACCAACCUACCGCUGGCAGGAGAGCGAGCAUCGAUAGGCAGCGAGCCCAUGGGACACAUACACAGACGCAUACUAGCUGUUGGCCUUUGUAGUGUCGUGUGCACGUGUAUUUGGUUGUGAUUGACCCCUCAGGAAGCACGUAUACCACGUACACACGUGUGGCAAUGACCAGCACGUGUGGCAAUGGCCAGUAGGAGCAUGUUGCUUGUCACGGGGGUCCGCACGUGUGCACAGAGCUCAAGACACACCCUCUAAGGUGAUCCGCACCUGCAUUGAUACAUUGCAUAAAAAAGACACGCGGAAACAGACAGGAACACAUACGAGGGAUUUCGAUUGGACGUUGUGAGCGAUUCCUGUAUGGGCGGGCUUGCUGACACCCCGGCCUUCUUGAUACUCUGAAAUGCACUCCCGUCUACCGCACGGGUGUGGAUUCACCCAUCCAUCCACCCACAGACGUCCAUAGAGGAUAAGAGAGAAUGAAUGUUCCUCGAGUCGAGUGAUAGCAACACUGACAUGUACAAGUUGAACUCGUCCUCAAUGUCGUCGGUAUCCUCUGCAUUCUCUGGCAUCGGGCAAGGAUCGGGCGCCAUCUUAUGCCCCACUGCAUGGCGACGUGGGGCAUGGCGCCGCGUUGCUCGAAGCGAUGGACAAGCUGGAAACAUCAGCAUAUAUUGCAUAGCAUAGCUGUGAACGCACAUGUGUUGUUUCCCUUUUUCCAUUCGGCAGCUGUGAGCGUGCAUGUGCUGAGAGCUGAUCAUUGAUUCAAACACUCAUCCCGUGUCUGCCAAUAGGGUUUGCAUCACACACAGUGUCACACACACGCACACGGCCGCACACAGAAGCCAGAGACGAGCGCCAGCGGAGUGAGGAAGGAAGUGAAGGGAAGGAAGGGAAGGGGGGGAAGGGGGAAGGUUUACACCGCUGCGCCAGCACAUGCGCCUGCAGGUACUCUUUCCUUCUCGACCACACGCAGGCUGUAGUGCCAAGCAACUAGACGCAUACACAUGAGAAGGCUGAUUUCCAACCAUAUGGGGCCAUUCAGUACACUUCCUGCUCCAUGACAGCUACGCAUUCACAUCCGUCGAUUCUGCGCCCGCUCCAAGACCACAAUGUAUCUGCGGAAAGAGCACACAUAUUCAUUUGCCUGUCCACUCGGCUAGUGUGACCUCCAUGCGAUCAGCUGGACGACAUAGGCUAUACACGCUGGGCCGAUAGUCCCCGAGAGUGUGACAGCAGCCAGCAUCUGUGGGUCCGUCAUUGUAGUCGGUGAGCGUACUACCAACCCAGAUAGCGCAGGGCUCCUGACACGCACACGCAGAUGCAUUCUUCCUUGACAGCGCCGUCACCCACUCACCAGCUGCAGAUUUCACGCGGGAAAAAGGACUGCACUGUCCCCCCGCCAUUGAACGGCAGCUGAUACGAAUUGUCGUCCGCGAAAGCUAUAACACAGGUGCUCAAGGCAGAGAGGUAGGGGCUCACAGCCUCACACACACCUGAAUUCGACCACCUACGGUUUGCUGUCUGUCUGUACGUACAUGUUAUGCGCUGCGUUAUGCCUACCCCCAAUCGCAAGGGUUACUGACCCCCAUACAACCACCCGCCAACGGGAUUUGACCAGUUGUAUUUUCAACACCUGCAUAGCCACAGACCCUAGUGUAUGUUUUGUCUGCUUUCGUGCACCUUACGCCGGUGGCGCUCAUUUUGAGAGCCUCCAACAACAGGGUGCCAACCACGACCAUCAGGCCACAAACAUAGCUCGCCCCGUCUGGCACAUUUACACACCAUGCACACACAUCUGUGCACAUGUUCGCAUGUGUGGACUACCUCUGGUGGCUGCAAGAUGCAUGCCUAGUGCCCUGAGUACGGCCGGAGGCGGCACGAGCAAUGCCAGACCGGUCAACGGCCACAGGGACUUUUGGCGCAUGCGGGCAACGAAACCGAAGACUGAGAAAGCUACAAGGGCUGUCAGAAUGCCAGUCACACCUAAAACUACGCCGACUGUCAAUGCACCCUGCCCACCUGCUCAUACGGAUGCAAAUACUCACAAGUUUACCGACGACAUUCUAUGUUCUCCCUCACCGGUGCCACCCAUCAUACCCAGCCGGCAUAGAGAGUGCACCGUGAUUGUGGUGUCAUGUGCGCUCUCUGCUCUCUUGGCGGCUCGGUCAGCCGUGGUGUCCUCGGGUAUGGGUAUGGAAGUCGCCAGCAUCAGCAGCCAAGCGAGCCAUAACACGGACGGAAAAGCUGCCAGCGAGCUGAGUGGAAGAGGGUGUAGAAUGGUGUGCAUGCUGUCUGCGUAAGCGGACAUUUCUGCUUUUGUUUUCCGUACCUGAUCCAGUCGCCUACUGCGAUGAUCCAAUAGCAUGUCGCUGGAGAGAGCUCGCCUUUGCUGGCUGUGAAACAUCAGCGGCGGGCUCCGAGAGAUGAUUGCAGACUGCUAUGGAAUCAAACUUCUCCUGUCACUCAUAUGUGAUACCUUUAUGCCCGGAUGUGUCCUGGUUAGAUCAUCCGAUAUUGAUAAUCUAGAUCAGCACAAGUCGACUCAAGUACGGGAACUCGAGAGCGAUUGAAUGAACGAAGUCAGGCGUGUGGGUCCGUUAUGCAGUGCCGGUCAUGCAACGAGCUCAACCGAUGGGCCCUGUGAGCGUUGACAAGGCAGGGAAGCGCCGCUGCCAAGCUCGCAGACCACCGGCAAAAGCAAACAACACGCCUGAAAACAUUGCAUGCACCCACAGCCAGCCAGCCAGCCAGCCAGCCACGGACGGACAGACAGACAGACAGACAGUAUGUAUGUGUGUGUGUGUGUCGGGACGGUAGUGUCUUGUUCGCGUACCCACAUGGGAGUGUUGUGGAGAGCACCCAAUGAAAAGAGCGACACGACAGAGGGGCGCACAAAACAACCUGCCAACACAACGCCCACACACAUGCCAGCCAACCAGUCAGUGUGUGUGUGCGCAGAUGUCCAUAACUGUCUCAACGCGCACCACAGAGUGUGUGCAGAGCACCCAACGACGAAAAGCAGUCAGAUGGGAGAGUGCGAAAAAGCAACUGCUACACCAUGUCCAUCCUUUCCGUGCUUCAUCCCUUCCCGUGCACCACACGCAUGCAUACAAUAGAGGCAGACCGACAGGUAGGCCCAUAAGGGUGUUGUACAGCUGCGAGAGGGCCAAAAAGCGAAGCGCAGAAGGCAAGGACGCGAUCCACGAGACUAAGAAAACGUUUCACGCGGCCAUAACGCCAGUGGGUUGCAACACGGCGACGAUCUACGCCUCAGACAAGACACAACCAAGAGCGAGACAUGCACUGCAAUGCAUACGGCAUCCGGAGCCAGCCAGUCACCCCACAUCCCCGAGGCGGGGAUGGUGUGCGGCCUGUAUGGCCCGCGGCUGACGAAGUAAUCUGGGAACCCUCCGGCCCUCCGUGGCCCACUGGUGGCCGCAGCGGCUCGUUGCAUACGACUCGGCACUUGAAUACCCAGCUCGACGGACAGGAGUUCGCUCCAAUGGUGGAUGCAAUCUUCGUGUCCUCAGAAGCGGGAAUUACGACCGGGCGGGGCUUCCGCUUGAGAGCGUCUUGAGGAAGUCCACCGUCUUCUCUCCCCACCUGCCGAAUGUCUCCGCAGCGAGAGGCACAAAGCGGAAGCCAGCUGCUUCUGCGGUCGGGCCAUACUUGUCGAUCUUGUCUUUCUCCGCAAGCUGCGCCGUCUUGCCACCUGGAGGCUGUGCACCACGCCGGUUGACAGUCCGGUGAGAGGGGAUGGGGGAGUCGUCAGGGCGGCAGGGGUGGGCGAUGGUGACAUCGAGCAGGUAGUCAUGGCCGUCGAUCACACAGUAGAUGUCCAUGCGCUGGCUGUUGGGGUUGUCGUCGGGCGGGCUGACGCCGAGGCUGUGCACAGGCACCUCCACAUUGGAGGGAACAUCUGCCUCAGCCACGAUGCAGACGAAAAGGUUGCGCAUGUUAC